AUGGCCACGUUAGGAGGAUAUCUCAACAAGACGGUCCUCAUCGUCACGGCCGAUUCGCGAAUUCUUGUUGGAGAGCUGGCAGCUUGCGAUGCAUCAACAAACCUAGUCCUCAAAGGCGCCGUGGAAAGAAUCAUUCGAACGCCCGACGACCCGGAACCCUCCGCAGAGGUCCCGCUGGGCUUGUACCUCGUCCGAGGCGACAACGUCUGUUCCGUGGGCCUCGUCGACGAGCCGCUGGACAAGAGCAUCGACUGGACAAAGGUCAAGGGAACGGUAAUAGGCGGCAUCAAGCACAUCUGA